AUGUACAGCACCAUUGAGAAGGAAUGCUUGGCAAUCCGAUGGGCUGUCCUCACCCUCCGCUAUUAUCUCCUUGGUCGGGAGUUCACCCUCUGUUCGGACCACGCGCCCCUGCAGUGGCUCCACCGCAUGAAGGAUACCAACGCGCGGAUCACCCGUUGGUAUCUGGCAUUACAACCCUUUAAGUUCAAGGUGGUCCACAGGCCAGGUGCACAGAUGGCGGUAGCCGACUUCCUCUCCAGAAAUGACCGCCAUGACCGGCCUGAGUCGGGCGGUGGGGAAAAACCCAAACAGAAUGAUUUAAAGAAAAGAAGGGCCAAGAAAUCUUUCACCUGCACUCAGUGUGGAAAGAGUUUGACAAACAAACGUCAUCUUGAUGUUCACAUGAGAGUUCAUACUGGAGAGAAACCAUUCACUUGUGAUCAGUGCGGAAAGAGUUUCACACGAUCAUCAACCCUCAAAGGACACAUGAACAUUCACACUGGAGAGAAACCUUUCACCUGCACUCAGUGUGGAAAGAGUUUCACAUACAAACAUAUUCUUGAGCUUCACAUGAGAGUUCAUACUGGAGAGAAACCAUUCACUUGUGAUCAGUGCGGGAAGAGUUUCACACAAUCAUCAACCCUUAAGGAUCACAUGGACAUCCACACCGGAGAGAAGCGGCACGCAUGUGAUCAGUGCGGGAAAACAUUUUUGUGGGCUUCAGUCCUGAAGAAACACCUGAAAGUUCAUACAAAGGAGAAGCCGCAUUCAUGUCAUUUGUGUGGAAAGAGUUUUUCACGUCUACAAAGUUUGAAAAGACAUCAGAAAAUACAUACUGGUGUGAGAGAGUACAUGUGCUUUGAGUGUGGGAAGACUUUUACUUCAGCGGCCGGUUUAAAAAAGCACCAGAGGAUUCACACUGGAGAAAAACCUUACAAGUGUUCACACUGUGACAAGAGAUUCAUUCAGUCAGGAGCCCUGACAACACACAAGAUGAUCCACACUGGAGAUAAACCGCACACAUGUGAUCAGUGCGGGAAGAGAUUCUCACUAAAAUCAAACCUUACAGACCACAUGAGAGUUCAUACUGGAGAGAAACCAUUCACUUGUGAUCAGUGCGGAAAGAGUUUCUCAUACUCAUCAGUCCUUAAGGUACACAUGGACAUCCACACUAGAGAGAAACCGUACACAUGUGAUCAAUGUGACAAAACAUUUUUGAGAGCUUCAUACCUGAAGAUACACCAGAGAGUUCAUACAAAGGAGAAGCCACAUUCAUGUCAUUUGUGUGGAAAGUGUUUUUCACGUCCAGCACAUUGUGAGAAGACUUUUACUACAGCGAGCAGUUUAAAACUGCAUGAGAGGAUCCACACUGGAGAGAAACCUUACAAGUGUUCACACUGUGACAAGAGAUUCAGAGAUUCAGGACAACUGAAAACACAUGAGAGGAUUCACACUGGAGAGAAACCUUACAAGUGUUCACACUGUGACGAGAGAUUCAGUCAGUUAGGAAAUAUGAAAAAACAUGAGAGGAUCCACACUGGAGAGAAACCUUACAAGUGUUCACACUGUGACAAGAGAUUCAGUCAUUCAGCAAAUCUGAAAACACACGAGAGGAUCCACACUGGAGAGAAACCUUACAAGUGUUCACACUGUGACAAGAGAUUCAGUCAUUCAGCAAAUCUGAAAACACACGAGAGGAUCCACACUGGAGAGAAACCUUACAAGUGUUCACACUGUGACAAGAGAUUCAGUCAUUCAGCAAAUCUGAAAACACACGAGAGGAUCCACACUGGAGCUGCAUGUGGGAAGUGUUUCACUGAUUCAUAUUCUCUACACAGUCAUACAAAAAACUAUCACAGUAAGUAGAUCAUCUUCAGAUCCAGCACUUUCAGGUCUGAUGCUGUGUUCUCACCAAAUGUGACACAAUAAUGCAUCGAGCAGUGAAAUAUCAACUGGAUAAAUCUGUCAUUACAAGUGACAAGACAAAGAAACAAUAUCUAAAGUUGAAUAAAGUUCAUCUUCAUCUUCAAAACCAGCAGAUUUAACUGAGAUUCAGAUCAACUCAAAGAUGGAGUUUCUCCCCAAAGAACAAUGUCCAAAGGUUUUAUUCCUGUAUAUCAUUUUGCUUCAUGAUAUAUCAUUGUGCUUUCUUAUGGGUUUCAUAUUAUGUUCAUUCGUUUCAUAAGCAGGAUUGUAAGAAUAUUAAAACCUUACCGAUACCCAUCCCUACUUGUAAGUCAGUAGGAGAGAGAGAUCC